AUGGACGCGCACGAGUCCCGUUUACCAUCGCAUAGGCGAGCUCCUUAUCUUUCCCUUAUGCUUGACAAUGGCUGGGUGGACCAAGAUAUUAUCAACCAUCGAUACCCGGGUUCCGGAACGGAUGAGGACCCUUUCAUCAUUGGGUGGACGCACAAUGAUCCUCGGGACCCGAUGCAAUUCAGUCAGGCUGUAAGAUGGGCAUGGACAGGUCUGGUGUCUCUGGCAACAUUCACAGUUGCUCUUGCUACGAGUGCUUAUACCGCCCCUUCGAGACAAGUCAUGGCGACUUUUUCUGCGACCAAACUUGUAUUUGAGCUCGGGCUGUCUGCUUUUAUAUUGGGAUUCGCGUACCUCGCCUUUACGUUGUUGACUGCAGGAUGUGCUGCAGCCCCCACAAUUCAAGGCCUCGUGAUUAUGCGGUUCCUCGCUGGUGCUUUCGGCUCGUCGCCCUUGACAAUUGCUGGCGGAAUCCUCGCGGACAUCUGGCCCAACGAACAGCGUGGAUUGGCUAUGAUCUUUUUCUCCUCGGCACCACUUUUCGGUCCGUCCCUAGGUCCCGUCAUUGGUGGGUUCAUAGGGGAGGCGGCCGGGUGGAGAUGGGUGCAAGGCUUCCUUGCCAUUUUGGGGGGCAUCUGCUGCUUGUCCAUGACGAUGAUCAUUCCCGAAACGUUUGCUCCCACACUUCUGAGCCGACGGGCCGAGCGCAUCUCGCGGAUACAAGGCCAGAUCUACAUUUCGAAACUCGCCAAGGAUCGCCGGGGAAAAGCCCUCCGGGAGUCAAUCAAGGAGGCUUUGGUCCGACCUUGGGUGCUGCUUUUUUACGAGCCCAUCGUUUUGCUGCUGACCAUUUACAUGGCAAUUCUCUACGGCACGCUGUAUCUCUUCUUUGCUGCGUUUCCCAUUGUCUAUCAAGAGCACCGAGGCUGGAGCCAAGACAUUGGCGGCUUGGCAUUCCUUGGCCUUGCCGCCGGUAUCGCCUUCGGUAUUCUUGUCGCCCUCUACGUAACCAUUCGUUCCACAAGACCUAGCAAACACAACAGUGAUGAGGCAUGGAACCCGGAAGUCCGCCUCCCCAUGUCCUUGGUAGGCUGUGUUGCUAUUCCGCUUGGCCUAUUUUGGUUUGCCUGGACAAAUGACCCUUCCCUUCACUGGCUCAUCUCUGUUGCCGCCCAGGUGCCAUUUGGUUUCGGAUUUGUCCUCGUCUAUAUCUCUAUUCAGAACUAUCUAGUAGAUGCAUAUACCAUCUAUUCUGCCAGCGUUCUUGCCGCGAAUGCUAUGCUGAGGUCAAUUUUCGGCGCGACUUUCCCGUUGUUUACCAGUGAUUAUUGCUAA